AUGAAGUUUACCUCAGUUUUUAAGCAGACCAAAGAAGCCGUCAAAGAACGGUUUGUUAACCUGGCCAAAAAGAAAAAAAAAGAAGAUUUUAAACUGGACGUUUCCUGUUAUGUUCGUCCAACAGGCUGUAAUAUCUGUAAUGGAAUUAUCCCACAUUGUUGUUGUGACUUGCUACAAAAAGUGAACAGUGGUGACAUAGAAGCUGAUGAGAACCUUAUUGCCUAUCUGCAUGAGCAGGAAUUGAUCAGACGUAGCAUAAUUGAACAACAAGAGAGAGAAAGCUGCGAAACUAUCACGGACAACAGUGAAGAGGUAAUGAGUAUUCAAUCUUCCAUGAAUUGGAGGUACAACUCGGAAACUUCCUCAACUGUUGAAUCCCCGGUCACUGCUACGAUCAACUCAUUAUACGUUGUACCGUUGAUUCCAAAGGUCUCUUCAAAAAAAGAAUUGAUGAACGAGCGAUUGAAACGCUCUGUUGAAAAAACCCUGAACAAAUCCGUUAAUCGCCUCUCCGUAAACGUCAAGACCCAUGAACCAUUUAUCGUUAUGCCAACCGCCUCAAUAGUCCCUACAAUUAACUUUGACCCAACAGUCAUGUCAAGCCCAAGCGCGAAAGCUCACAUACCCAACGAGCAAGUAACCGCGAAAAAAGAGCCUGCCACCAGCCCCAACCUAGUGUGCGAGCUCCCAGUAUCACCGGAGCAACAGCAGCUGUGGGGUCAGAGUUCAGAAAGCUACAGAAAAGGUAAGGACAAGAACGGCAGCAACGAUAAAAUGGACAAAACGCAUACACCCAAAAUUCUGACGACAUCGGAGUUGAGUUACUGGCAGAAGGUAAGCAACCUUGCAAGGCUGGAAUACACAAAGUGCAGAGAGAUAGUGACUGAUCUUAAGGUUGGUUGUGAAGAGUAUCGCAAAAAAAACUCUAACAAGACAACAACUAGAGCUAAAGCUAGUGCAAAAGUCAAGGGACUGUUCAAAAAGGCUUUACACUGUAAGUCCCCUGUCAAGGGUGCUACAUCUUCCAAACACAACCCUGGUGAAGUGCAAUGUUGUGGCUUUAAUGGGCUGGCAACUGCAAUGGUCAGAUACGAAGAUGCAUUGGCACGCGAGAAGAAUACAUGCCGCAAAUACAAGCGUUCCCUUCACAAUUCUGUCUGGUUCGACGAGCUUAUAAGACAAAACAUUAAUGCGAACCAGCACGACAGCAAUGCGUCAGAUGUUAUCAAGACCGAGCUUAACGGUGUGACAGAGCGAAUGUAUAACGAAAUGGCUCUGAUCAUGAAGUGUCAAAAGAACAACCUCACCGCGAUGGUCAGGUUGGGCAAGUGUAUCAACUACGGAUACGAUCUAAAACUGGAACACGAAAGUACCACGGAUCCGGUUGAGCGGGAAAAGCUCGCAGUGCAUUGCCAAGUGUACAAUGACAAGGUAGCCAAACACUUUCACCAACAUUUGGAUAACUUAAAGAAACUGCAGAAGGAUUACAAAGAUGCGGUUGUCUGUUUCUCUCGGCUCAUCGGACAGAAGGCGGGACUCUACCGCCGCAUGUAUGAAUCGGACUGCCGCUCUCACCUGAAAGUUAAAAUGAAAGAAGAGGUUGCCUGGGUACAGUGUUUGUACGUCAGACACUAA